AUGGCUAAUAAUGUCAAUGGAGGUUCUUCUAAAGCUCUCGCAAAUGAUCUUACAGAUAAAAGAUCUUUAAGACACAGGGAAGAUGAACUCCAGUCAUUGAGAUUGUUUUCGAUGGACUUGGUUCCUGUUGGAUUCUUUGCAGGGUUCAUUGUGUUGUUAAUGGUUCUCUUAAUCUGCCUUUUUGUCCCCCAACAGGACAACUUUCUUGACUUCCAAGAUGGUGUGGGCCAUAGGACUAGUGGAAAGUGGAAACCUUCCAUACUUUUUAUUUUCAUUUUUCUUCUCCCCUUUAAGAUAUGGUUAUGAAAAAUAAGGUUGUGUCUUAAAACGUUACAUUCUUUCUUGCAGAAUGUUUUUUUUUUUAUUUUUUUUUUAUUUUUUUAUUGGAGUAC